ACGGCGCUGGGGAGGGCGGUGGCAGGGAGGCAUGCCCCGCCGCCGCUGAGAGGAGCGCUUCCUCCUUCCCGGCCCCGCGGAACGGGGGAGCUGGGCCCGCCUCUUGCGGGCCGAGCUGGGUAACGGAGCCGCCGCCGGGCUCUGAAGCGCCGGGCUCUGAGGCUGCUGGCGGAGAAAGGAAAGGCUUGAAAAGGAAGGCGGGACGUCCUCGCGUUUCAUGUUCCGUCAGCCCGACAGCAUUUCGGCUUUGAUUCCGACUUGCUCCUACCUGCACCCGGGCAGUGACGGGGAGGAGAGCGGGCGCCGGCCCACCAUGUCCCGGUACAGCCUGCACAACCUCCUGGACUGGAUGUACGGGGGCGUGGACCCCAGCUUUGCUGGCAACGGAGGGCCGGAGUGCGCGGCCUUCCUCUCAGGGCAGCAGCGCUUUCUGGAGAGCCUCGUCUUCCUCAGCGUGGGUGUCGCGGAGAUCCUGCUGUCCCUGUGGAAGCUCAGGCAGCUGCACUGCAAGGAGCUGGAGGCUCAGCUGCUGCAGCAGCCCCUGGCAAAACAGGAGAGCUUGGGCAAGAAUCUGCUGCUGGUGGCCCUCUGUCUCAUCUUCGGGCUGGAGGUGGGCUUCAAGUUUGCCACCAGGACCGUCAUUUACCUGCUGAAUCCCUGCCAUGUGGUCACCGUGAUGCAGAUUUUUCUUCUUGCCUGCCCUCCAUGUCGGGUUGCAAUGAUUCUCUUCAGGUUGCAGAUGCAUAUGCUGAAUGGGGCCCUCUUGGCAUUACUGUUUCCUGUUGUUAAUACACGCCUGCUUCCAUUUGAAAUGGAAAUUUAUUACAUCCAGCAUGUGAUGCUCUAUGUUGUGCCCAUCUAUCUGCUGCGGAAAGGAGGUAUCUACACUCCAGAACCACUCUCCAAUUUCUGGUGGGCUCUUUUAUCUACUGGGUUUAUGUUUGUAUAUCAUUUUAGCAUCUUGCAGAUUCUGGGUUUGGUUACAGAAGUGAAUUUGAACAACAUGUUAUGCCCAGCCAUCUCAGAUCCUUUUUAUGGGCGCUGGUAUCGAAUCUGGGCAUCUGGACAUCAGACAGUCAUGACUAUGACUCAUGGGAAGCUUGUAAUCCUACUGUUUUACAGUGCUGUCCCCAUCUUUAAAUGUAGCGUGGACUUGCUUAGACUCCCAGCUAAGAAAAUAGACUGAAAUUUCUCCCCACGGAGUAGUACAUACAGGAAGCAGAGACACCUAUAUUCAUACUGGAAAACAAAGAGGAGGGAUGAAAAGACAGUGUGUUUAUAUUUCUCCCCACAGUUUAUUGCCUCAAAAACACCUCUGUUAUCAAUUGAGGGUUCUUCUUUUAACUGCUGUUUCUCACUGCCUAUUGCCAAUGGCAAAAUUAGUGGCCUUAUUCUGGAAAAGGUUCGUGUUUUAUAUAUUUUGUGUAGAUUACAGUAGAAUCAUCUUGCUAAUCCACCCUUUAAAAUUAGGCCAGGAUCUGUCCACAUUCCAGCAAAGAGAGUGGCGGUGCUACCUCAUUUUGACGACUUUUCCACUAAACAUUAGUACAGUUAUAAUCACAGAAUAGGAAGGAAAGCUGAAUUACAACUCUCCACUGAUGUGAACAGAACACAGCUUCAAGUGCAUCAUCCUGGCUUAACUCUUAGCGCUUAAAUGUUGCAAAAUGGUCACAGUGGAAUGAUGUAUACGUGAUCUCCCAAUCAUAGGUACAAAACAGUGAGGUUCUACUGUAUUUUCGUUAAGCUGGUUGAAAAUAUUGGGGAACAAUAACUCUUUCAAAAAUCAUGAGUUUUUUUAGGCGACUACUUUGUUUCUUAAGCUGCUGAGGGUAAGUAUCUGUCUGCUGAGGUCCCAUCAGAUCUUGAUGCUUUGGAGAUGCUUUUUGAAUAAGUGGAAGAACACAUUGAAAUAAUUUCAAAAGCCCAUGUUACACGUAAGCUACGAUAGAUAUUUCAUCCACUGUUCUGACCUGCCUUUAAACAAAAUGUUUUUUUGGCACUUAAUUUAGACUGGAGAGAGAGUGGGAAUAGAGUCCAAUGUAAACAGAGUUUUCUUUUUUUUUUUACUUGCAGUAUCUUGAAACAUUCCUCCUCUGUGUUCUACCCUGAUUCUUAAUAGAGUGGUUAAUGAGGAAACAAAAUGAAACUAUUUUCUUUCUCUAUGACUCUAAUAUGUUCUGUACACUUUUUAAAAUAUAGGUACAAAAAGGAAUGUCAAGUUAGCACAGGACUGAAAAAGCUGUGUUCCAGUUUACUAGUAUGACUAAAUUUUCUUGUCAACCUGUGUUUUGGAGUAGAACAGGAUGUAGUUAGACAGAAUUAUAAAUAGUAAACUGGAUAAGGGGAGAAACUGUUGGGCAGGAAGCUGGGAGGGCUUUACUGUGUUCCUCCAGAUAGCUAAUUGCAAGCCUAUUGUUGUGCAGCAUGUGCAGCAUUUCAGGGCUGCAGGGAUUUUGUUGUACAAAAGUUUGUUGCCAUUUAUAGAUUAUUUGCAUUGCGUUGUUGUAGCUGUGACUUGUAAGAUAAAAACAAAACCAUCGUACCUCCUCUGGAUGGAUCACCCAAAUACAUACUCUGAUGUGAAGGUACAGUCUUUCUUACCUCAAGAAAAGUAAGAAUGAUAAGUGGUUGACUUUUUUUUUUUUUCUUGUAAGAUAAGUUUUCAUUGGAGAGGGAACAAAUGGCUUCUCCAAAUAUUUUUCACCCCACAUGGUUUUAUUUAAAAAAAAAAAAAUAGUAGAUCUCAAUUAGAAGUACUUCGUUCUACAUUUGAAUUUACGAACUUGCUUCUGGCUUUCUUCCAUGCCUAUAAACUAAAUACCCUGUACUAUCACAACUUGAGAACAUGAGAGCAAUCUAAACUAUCUGUCAAGCAUGGAUAGCUAGUCCCAGUUAUAGACUACACUACUCCUUGUGCUUUUACUCAGUGUGCAGGUUGAGAAGACUAAGCACCUGAUACUAAGAAGUACCAGCUCACAGAGUUCACUGGCAAUUGUUGAUCCUGCAAAUGUCUAAGUAGGUACUGAACUUCGCUGAGUAUCCCACUACUGCCUCAGUAGAGCUGGGCAUAUGUUGCCUAAGUAGUUGUGGAGUGGGGCCUGAAGAAAAAAAAUGCAUUGGUACUGAAGGCUUGAACCCAUCCGUGGAAGACCACUUAAUUAGCUGCUGAAGUACUUCAAGAGAGUCAGUAUUGCAUCUGCAGUUGAUGAAAUACAGGAUGUUGCUGGGAGAUGCUAAGAUGGGCACUGCUGGAUGUUAAAGCAUGCUCUCUAUUAAUAUACUUCAUUUCCUAUGAACAGCUAAAUGUAGUGUUUCUGCCCUCCCCACAGUUACUGUCAACUGUAUCUUGGUUUGUAUUACUAAUUUGGCAAAAUGCCUUGGGUUGGAUCUAGUCUGCUUUAGAAAGAAUGUUUGGUGUAACAGUAGGAUGAUUUUGCCAAAUUUUGCAAACACUAGCAUUAUAAUUUACUUAAUUUUAAUCACUAUUUUUGAAGAAUCUUUCCUGUUUAUUUUUUUCUUCAGAAUAUAAUAUUCAAGCUACUGGAAAAAAAAAAAUGUUACCUGAGAGUAACACCUUCCCCCCUGCCCCCCCCCCCCCCCCCCCCCCCCCCCCCCCAGAAAAAAAAGCCAGCAUUUCCUAUCUUCUGCAGUCAUAUGCUUCAGGAUAUUCAUUCUAACCAGGUAUAAAACAGCUCCUCUUUCUCACCAGUGACUGCCUCUGGUCAAUUAAGACUACAGAAGCAUUUACAUAAGCUCAGGUGUCUCAGUGCAGGCUCUUUUCUUGGAAUGCAAAGCCCUUCUGACUGACUUAAAAUUGAAGAGCGGGAAUGGUGACUUCAAAUACAGCCACCACUAUGGGAAAGUCCCUAGGACAAUUUGGCUUCUGUCUUGUGCUGGGACUCCCAGUCUUUGUUACACUGGUCCUGUUGUUUUGAGCCACACUAGCCAUUCUGGUCACAACUUCACAACAGCUGACAGAACAGUUCAUCACAGUCAAAGGAAAACUCGUAUUCCCUUUCCACACCUCACCUGUGCAGGUUUUGGUGUCUGAACUGUUAAACUGCUGUCUGAACUGCUAAAAUGGCUAAUUGAAUGUGGUAAUUCAGCAAAGAAGUAGAGAGCAAAACUACUACACUCAGUAAGGCUGUUCUGAGUGUCAGAAGAGUGGUGCCAUGGGGAUCACGAGGGAGGGCAGCAGUAAGAACCUCUUUGUGAUGGUAAGCUGUGUUGACUUCUUUGCUUGAUGUCCUAUAUUGAUGAAGUUGGCCAAGUUAUUGGUCCCCCUGCCCCUUUCUGAAGGUUAUUUUUAAAUGUGGUAUUUCAGUUUGGUUUAUAGGAUGGUUCCCCAGGAAGCUAUGUCAGCACAGCUGAGACGUGAGCUUCAUGUAUGGGGAAGAACAGGGCAGAAAAGGAAUGAACUUCACAUCCCUUACUCCCCAGCUGUCUCGGGUAGCUGUUUGGAAGAUGCAUCUUACAGAGCUUGUUCAACAUGUAGGAUAUUAGUUUGAACAGGAAAGCAGAAUACUUAACCUCCAUGUAGGAAUAUCUGUUUUCUUUCCUGGCAGAUUUUUUCCUUUAGCAGUUUAUUUUAUGGGCAGUUAUACUGUACAGCUGAUUUCUUUGGUUGCUUUUAUGCUGGAAAUUAAAGAGUAUAACUAUGAGGUUUU